AUGCCGCGGCGCCACGCUCCACCACCACGCCUCGUCUGUCUUCCUCUUCGCCAGCAGCAGUCGCUGGCGCCGAAGGUCGGAAGGCAAAAGUUGAAACCCAGAGCCAGCAGCCAGCACGCCGCGUCGCCACGCUCAACCACCACGCCGCGUCGCUGCGCUCCACCACUACGCCUCGUCUGUCUUCCUCUUCGCCAGCAGCAGUCGCCAGCAGCAGUCCCUGCGCCGAGCCCUGUCUUCUUCUUGUCUUCACUUCGCCAUUAA